AUGGACAAGGUCACCUUCUCAAGCCAUUUUGGAGUCAGUCUCGCUGGUGAUCUGUAUCACCCAUGCGAUUUCAACCCUGACACAACUUAUGCAGCUAUCAUCACGGUCUCUCCAGCAGGCGGCGUCAAGGAACAGACCUCUGGGCUCUAUGCUCAGAAGCUUGCUAAGGAAGGCUUCAUUACCCUCUCCUUCGAUGCAUUCUCGCGUGGUGAAAGCGGAGGCUUACCACGAUACCAAGAGAGUUCGAUUGCACGAGUUGAGGAUAUUCGGGGCGCAGUGGAUUACUUGGUGAGCCUUCCUUAUGUGGAUGCAAACCAUAUUGCCGUGUUGGGCAUAUGCGCAGGUGGCGGUUAUGCUGCAAGUGCUGCGAUGACAGAGCGACGAAUCAAGGCGGUCGGUCUUGUAGUCCCCGUGAACGGAGGACGAGAGAACCGGGCGGCCGGCCAGCAAGCCACGAUUGCCUCCCUUGAACAAAUCGCGGAGCUACGCUCAGCAGAGUCCCGUGGAGAAGAGCCCACACUCAGUGCAUGGAUACCUGACGAGUAUAUAAACUCUACCGACAUUGACCAGCGGGAAGCAUACGACUACUACCGUACGUCAAGGGGAGGUUUGCAUCCAAAUUGGGAGAACAAGGUACAAAUGUCAACUAUGGACGCUGUGAUGGCAUUUGAUGCUUUCUAUCUAGCCGACAUGCUUCUCACUCAGCCCUUGAGAAUAAUUGUCGGUAGCAAGAUUGGGUCGUUUGGAUCCAAUCAGGAUGGCCAUACUUUAUACGAAGACGCGGCCUCCACGAAGAAAGAUAUCGUUGUAAUGGAGGGUGCCUCUCACUUCGACCUGUAUGAUAAGCCUCAGUACGUUGACGUAGCAGUAGAUAGCUUUGCCGCCUUCUUCAGGGCCAACUUAUCUUGA